AUGCAAAAUACAAAUCAAAUUGACGCACAAUUUCAAGCUACCUUUAAAAAAUAUAAGAAAAAUUUAAUUGAUCGUUGUAUUUCCUUUAGUUCAUCUAAUCAUGAAGAAAUAAUUUACAAAGGUGAUGGGACAAGGGUUAUUAAGAUAUAUGAUACAUUCGCAAAUAUGGAUAUG